CCUGAUCUCCCGGGCCAGCCGUUUGCUCGCUCUGGAAUCAGGCGACUUGUCAGGUCAGGCGGAGAGAUAGCUGUCGUUCCCCAGUGCGCUCAGUUCAGGGACUUGAGAGGAGUCCUGGUUCUGUCUGCUUCCCGUCCUCCGCUGUACUUCACCCAGUUCCUUCUCAGUGUCCCGGGAGAACUUCCCGUGCUGAGUGCCUAGCGGCUGCGUUCACUUGGGCGCCGACGUCCCGUUUCCCCACGGGCGACCGGGAGACACAGGAUGUUUCGUCUUAACUCAUUUUCUGCAUUGGCAAAACUGGCUCUGGGCUCUCGAUGGAACCAUGGAGGGUCACAGCCCACCCAGCUCAGGCGACGACUAAUGAUGGCGGCUUUCCUGGGAGCGUCUGCAGUAACCGCAAGUACCGGUCUUUUAUGGAAGAGAGCCCUUGCAGAAUCUUCACCACCUGUCAACAACGUAAAGAGUGAACUUGGUGAUAAAGGGAAGAAUAAAGAUGAAGGGGAAGGUGGUAACCAUGAAAAAAAGGAUGCAAGUGUUUGUCUUGAGCCUCAUCCAGAAGAGAAAAAGAAGAAACGUUCUGGAUUCAGAGACAGAAAAGUAAUGGAAUAUGAGAACAGGAUUCGAGCAUAUUCCACACCAGACAAAAUCUUCCGAUAUUUUGCCACUUUGAAAGUAAUCAGCGAGCAUGGUGAAUCUGAAGUGUUUAUGACUCCAGAAGAUUUUGUGCGAUCCAUAACACCCAAUGAAAAGCAACCAGAACACUUGGGCCUGGAUCAGUAUAUGAUAAAACGUUUUGAUGGAAAGGAUUUCUGGCAGACAGAGAAAAUUGCCCAGGAACGAGAAAAAUUUGCCGAUGAAGACAGUAUAUUUUACACCCUUGGAGAAUGUGGACUUAUAUCCUUUUCAGACUACAUUUUCCUUACAACUGUUCUUUCUACUCCUCAAAGAAAUUUUGAAAUUGCCUUCAAGAUGUUUGACUUGAAUGGAGAUGGCGAAGUAGACAUGGAGGAGUUUGAACAGGUUCAGAGCAUCAUUCGCUCCCAAACAAGUAUGGGUAUGCGUCACAGAGACCGUCCUACUACUGGUAACACCCUCAAGUCUGGCUUGUGUUCAGCCCUCACAACCUACUUCUUUGGCGCCGAUCUCAAGGGGAAGCUGACAAUCAAAAACUUCCUUGAAUUUCAGCGUAAACUUCAGCAUGACGUUCUGAAGCUAGAGUUUGAACGUCACGACCCUGUGGAUGGGAGAAUUACUGAGAGACAGUUUGGUGGCAUGCUGCUGGCCUACAGCGGGGUGCAGUCCAAGAAGCUGACUGCCAUGCAGAAGCAGCUCAAGAAGCACUUCAAAGACGGAAAGGGUCUGACAUUUCAGGAAGUGGAGAACUUCUUUACUUUCCUAAAGAAUAUUAAUGAUGUGGACACUGCACUGAGCUUUUACCAUAUGGCCGGAGCAUCUCUUGAUAAAGCGACCAUGCAGCAGGUGGCCAGGACAGUGGCUAAAGUGGAACUCUCAGACCAUGUGUGUGACGUGGUGUUUGCACUCUUUGACUGUGAUGGCAACGGGGAGCUGAGUAAUAAGGAAUUUGUUUCCAUCAUGAAGCAGCGGCUGAUGAGAGGCCUGGAGAAGCCCAAAGACAUGGGCUUCACCCGCCUCAUGCAGGCCAUGUGGAAAUGUGCGCAGGAAACUGCCUGGGACUUCGCUUUGCCCAAACAGUAACACAGGCGUCAAGAGGGGCCACCUCUUCCACCCCAAGCACCCUGGCCCCUUGAGCAGAGCCUGGGCACAGCCCUUCCUGCUGCUCCUUCUGGAAAUACUGCUCCCUUCCUUUUGGGAAUGCUCUCAGGAUCCAACCAGCUGCCCCUGUCCACCUUCCCCGUCCCAGUGUUCCGCUAGGCUCUGAUUCUGCCCAGUGACUAUCCCCAUAGGUUCUCAAAAACAUGAUGAAGUCCUCAAAACUCAGACUUUUGGCACCUUCAACAGCACUACCCAUCCCAGCGCCGUACGGAUGAAGAACGCAGGGACAUUCACAGAUGCCAGCCCGGGAGACGCCCAGUUCUCGAGGCAGUUUUGCUGUGGAUUUAAAUGAACGAGAACAUUUCUUGCUUUUUCUCCUGCUGCUGCUUUUAAGCCGUAAGUGGGGAAAACCUCUGGCAGGCCAAAGGAAGUCUGUGAUGAAUGAUAAGGAGGGGGCCUGAGCCACCCCGAGCUGGCAGGAAGCCUGGGCCAGUCCCCACGGUGGCUCUGCGGCCUGCUCCGGGAAGGUGACGCGCACAGUGGGGAUGGAGCGAGGCGUGGGAUUUACAGCCGCUGCUAAGCAGCUCGCUCCGCUCCCUGUGACCCCACUGCGCCUCUGCUGAAGGAGCAGCGGUGACUGAGCUCACAUUCCCUGCAGGUGCCAUUCCCCUCCAGGAGUAUGCCUGUGACGCUGAGGCCUGCCUCAACGCCUGUCUGCCCUCUGUCGUAAACAUGUGUAAAAUACCACUUUAAUUAUAACGGUUUGCAAGAAA